AUGGGAUCGGUGCUUGUGGAUGGGUCGCCAACCAAAGAAUUUAAAUUCAAGAAAGGUUUAAGACAAGGGGAUCCUUUAUCCCCUUUUCUUUUCGUCAUAGCUAUGGAAGUAACUAAUAUGCUAAUGCAAAGGGCUGUCAAAUUAGGAGUUUAUCACGGAUGCCAACUUCCGAAUAGCGGGCCGAAUUUGUCCCAUUUGUGCUAUGCAGAUGAUGUUCUCUUUAUUGAUCUCUGGUCUAAAGAGAACGUUUUUGCUUUGAACAGGCUUUUAAGGUGGCUCAACCUGAUUUCUGGGCUUAAAGUUAAUUGCAGAAAAUGCAAAUUAUUUGGUAUAGGGGUUUUGGAUAGCGAGGUGGCUCGUCUUGCUAAGGUGGUAAAUUGUGAAGUUGGAUCUCUACCAUUAACGCAUUUGGGCAUCCCUAUUGGCAUAAUAUGA